CACCAGCCCGGCAGCUGAUUGAAACAGAAAAUAAUAGCCGAAUAUCAAGGAAACGAUGAGGAAUUUUAUCCAUUUAGUGAUUAUAACGGUUGUGAUUGUAAUACAGGACUCUACCCUCGCCGAGGAUCCAUAUGCUUGCUGCUCUGCAAACUCUAACGAUACAGGAUGUUGUUUAUGUUCAUCAGAAUAUUCCAACUGUUCCUCUGUAAAUUCGGAUUUUAAAACCCUCAUUAACACAGACGGAGUACAAUGCCUGAUUCGUACCACGACCCUGUCAGGUGUCAGUACGUCCACAGGUACCACAACAAAUACUGUAACUUUCGAGGAGACAACUCUCACAGAGUCCUCGACUUCAGAGGCGGAGGAGGAACAAACAUUCACUAUCUGUGUUUUACAAUGCCCAUUGGGAUUUUAUGAACAAGAUCAGAACUGCCAAAAAUGUGAUGACCUGUGUAAAAAUUGUACAUUUGAAGGUGGCUCUGUUAAGUGCUUAGAAUGCAAAUAUGGUAUGAACAGUACCGAGCACUGUUGUCCCAGAGGAACUCGGCAGAAAUUAGCAGGUAACGUGACCAUCUGCGAGAAGGAAUCCACACCUAUUACACAAGACGAUGGCGAUGUUAUUCCUAUCAUUGUUGGCUGUGUUGUUGGCGGCGUGGCAGUAGUGGUCGUUCUUGUUGUUGUCGUUUGCUGCUGUCUUCGAAGAAAAUCGGAAGGUCACAGUCAGUCAAACGAUCAAGAGAGUGGUGAAAGAACAAAACGUCCAAUCAGCCAGUUGUUACAUGAUAAGUUCAAGAAAAAAAAGAAAGAUCCUUCUGAAGGUCAGCUUCCUAGCAUCGAGGAAUUGAGGGGCAUUGACAGACACCCUAGACCUUACGAAAAUACAGCCACUAUAGACCAUAGAAGGAUUGCCAUUGGAGCUCAACAGGAGCAAGACAAGAAAGGUCGUUAUAUCAAAGACCCAACAGAAAAGAACAAAAAAACUCAGAAGAAAAUCGAUCACGACGAAGAACCCCAGGAGGUGUAUGAAAAUCAAGCAACUAUAAAUUUACAAACACAACAGUCCCAGUUUCACAAGAAAAAGAAGGGCCCAUUCAAUAAGUUAUCCCAAAAGUUGAAAUCUAAAAAGGGUAAAGAUGAUACGCAUAAUGGGAAAACAGAGUUACAUGCACCAGUGGGGGCUCCGACAGAAGAGUAUGAAGAGGUGAAUCCCCCAGCUUCUCAAAGUAACAUGCCAACAGAAGCUUAUGAAGAAGUAGGAUCUAAUCAGCCAGAUUUUCCGCAGGAAGUCUAUGAAGGUGCAGCACAGUCAAACUUCAAUGAAGACCUACCCCAAGAAGAGUACACAGCCAUGGACCCAAGUACACAACAACCGACAGAGGAAUAUCUACCAAUGAACAUCCAGAGUACAAAAAAGAGCAAGCCAACAAAAGUUCGUAAGGCGAAAACGAAGGAAGGAGCAAACAAUCCGGUAUUUAAUACAGGAGAAACUAUUUAUGAAAACAUAGGUGGUGAUGAAGGACAUUACCAAAAUUUUCAAACUCUUCCACAAGACCCAAACAUGCCAGAAGAGGAGUAUCAGAAUUAUCAGGGCCCAUUAUCCAAGUGAAUCCAAUAUCUCGUGUAAGGAAAAUGUUCCUU